AUGGAAGCCAAUUUCUCCAUCCCUCUGAAUGGAUCAGAAGUUGUAUUCUAUGAAUCUACCACCUCAAGAGUUCUAUGGAUCUUCUCAUUGGUAGUCCUCUCCAUAACAUUUGUCCUUGGUGUGCUAGGUAAUGGGUUUGUGAUUUGGGUGGCUGGAUUCCAGAUGGCACACACUGUGACCUCCAUUUGUUAUGUGAACCUGGCUUUGGGUGACUUUUCUUUCAUGGCUUCACUACCACUCCACAUCAUCUCAAUGGUAAUGAGAGGAAAGUGGAUUUUUGGUUGGUUCCUUUGCAAAUUUGUGCAUAUCAUUGUGCACAUAAACCUUUUUGUAAGUGUGUUCCUGAUCAUGCUCAUUGCCAUGGACCGCUGUAUUUGUAUCCUGUACCCAGUAUGGGCUCAGAACCACAGAACUGUGGGUCUGGCUAGGAAAAUGAUUGUUGGAGUUUGGAUUCUUGCUCUAUUCCUUACCUUGCCACAUUUCCUCUUCUUGACUACAGUGAAAGAUGCAAGAGGGAAUGUGCACUGUACAGCCAACUUUGAAUCCUGGGUUACAAACCCCAAGGAGAAAUUAAAGGUGUCAAUUACUAUGAGUACAGCUUUAGGAAUCAUCAGUUUCAUUAUUGGAUUCAGCAUGCCCAUGUCCUUCAUUGUCAUCUGCUAUGGACUCAUGGCUGCCAAGAUCUGCAGAAGAGGCUUUUUAAAUUCCAGCCGUCCCUUGCGUGUCCUCACUGCUGUAGCAGUUUCCUUCUUUGUCUGUUGGUUCCCUUUUCAACUGAUAAUUCUUUUAGGAAAUAUCUGGAACAAAGAGACACCAAACAUUAUUCAUGUGAUGGUAAACCCCACAAGCACCCUGGCCUCCUUCAACAGCUGCCUCAACCCAAUGCUCUAUGUCUUUCUGGGUCAGGAAUACAGAGAGAGGUUGAUCCACUCCCUGUCUGCCAGUCUGAAGAGGGCCCUGCAGGAAGACUCAACCCUGAGCAGUGGCAAAAGCAACAGUUUGUCUUCACCUCCUGCUGACUCUGAUCUACUGGAAGUGGCAGGAAAGGGCCAUAGCAAUGCCUUCUGUGCAACCUCAUUCUCACUUUCUGUCUCAUCCUAUGUUACAUGA